AUGCAGGCGCGCUACUCCGUCUCCAGCCCCAACUCCCUGGGCGUCGUGCCUUACAUCAGCAGCGACCCCGGCUACUACCGGGCCGCCGCCGGUGGGGGAUACACCGGCAUGCCAGCACCCAUGAACAUGUACACCCACGCCGCUCACGACCAGUACCCAGCCAGCAUGGCCCGGGCGUAUGGACCGUACACACCUCAGCCUCAGCCGAAGGAUAUGGUGAAACCUCCGUAUAGUUACAUUGCUCUAAUCACCAUGGCGAUCCAGAACUCACCUGACAAAAAGGUGACCCUGAACGGGAUUUAUCAGUUCAUCAUGGAGAGGUUUCCGUUCUACCGAGACAACAAGCAAGGCUGGCAGAACAGCAUCAGACACAACUUGUCUCUCAACGAGUGUUUUGUCAAAGUGCCCCGCGAUGACAAGAAACCCGGCAAGGGCAGCUACUGGACCCUGGACCCGGACUCGUACAACAUGUUCGAAAACGGCAGCUUCCUGAGGAGGAGACGGCGCUUCAAGAAGAAGGACGUGCUCAAGGAGAAGGAGGAGCGGCUCCAGAAGGACCUGCCGCCUAGGCAGCAGUCCCGGGACCAGGAGCAGUCCGCGCAGGCCGGAACACAGCCUGUGAGGAUCCAGGAUAUUAAGACCGAGAACGGUGCCGUGACACCCCCGCAGGCCAACUCUCCCUCCUUGAGCGCAGUGCCCAAAAUCGAGAGCCCGGACAGCAGCAGCAGCAUGUCCAGCGGGAGCCCCCACAGCAUCCCCUCGAACAGAUCCAUGGGCAUGGAGGGGUCCGAGCACCACCAGCACCACGGCCAGGCCUCCACGCAGGGCUUCAGCGUGGACAAUAUCAUGACCUCCCUCCGGGGGUCCCCUCAGGGGAGUACUGAGCUGCCCCCCAGCCUCGGUGCCCCCACAAGGACAGGUAUCGCCCCGUCAUUGUCUUUAAGCUACUCCCCGAAUCAGACAUCCGUGUAUAGCUCCCCUUGUAACCAAAACUCCAUCUCCACUACCUCCAACGCCACCUACCAUUGCAACAUGCAAGCCAUGAGCUUAUAUGCCGGGGACCGAGCCAGCAGCCACCUGGUCCCCCCGAGCACCACCGUGGACGAGACCCUGCCAGACUACUCGGUCACCACCACCUCGUCCUCCCUGAGCCACGGCAGCCUCAACUCCGGCCAGGAUGGCCACCAUGCCCACCAGGGGAGGCUGACCUCUUGGUACCUCAACCAGGCCGGAGACCUGGGCCAUCUCGGCGCGGCUUACCCGACGCAGCAGCAAAACUUCCACUCGGUGCGAGAGAUGUUCGAAUCCCAGAGAAUUGGCUUGAAUAAUUCACCGGUGAACGGGAAUAACAGCUGCCAGAUGUCAUUCCCACCCAGCCAGUCCAUCUAUCGCACUUCGGGAGCUUUUGUGUAUGACUGCAGCAAGUUCUGAUCCAAAAAGCAGCCUCCGCAUUUACUGUAUGUGAACACUAUGAUCCCGUUCUAGCAGCAAAACAUGGACUAAUAUGAGACACAAAGCAACAAAAAAAAAGACUUGAUCUCGGUAUUUCUUAACAACAGUGUUACCACAAAUAACACGUAAGUCUCUCUUUCUUUUUAUUUGCUCUCGUGGCUUUAUACACUAUAUUAAACAUGCAUAUAGUAAUUUAUUUCCAAACUGUAGCCGGAUUAUUAUGGACCAAACACCAAGAAAAAAAACAGUGCUUCUAAACUGAAUGACCAUAAAAUUGUUCCAUUAUAAAAGUGACUGAAGGAACGUGUAUAUCGCCCUACUAUCUGAAAGAUUCUUCACAUGUUCAUAAGUAUUUUUUGUUUGUUUGUUUUUUUUUGCAAGGAUUUGCUUUGUUUGUUUAAUAAAUUGUCAUUUUAUGUGA